GAGGCGAAGCAGAAACCCCCGCCGCGGGAGGAGGAGAGCAGUCGCCGCAGUAGGGCUUACGUCGCCGCCGACGAGCUCCAUGGCGAGGGGAAAGUUCAAGGGCAAGCCCACCGGGGAGCGGAGCUUCUCCAGCGAGGAGCAGAUCGCUGCCGGUACUUCAGCAGGUCGUCCAAAGAACUUUAAGAAGAAGCAAUCUGAAAAGGAGGUAUAUGAUAGAAGGCAAGAAUCAGAUGAGGAAUAUGAUAGAAGCCAAGAAUCAGAUGAGGAAGAAUCUGACAACUUCCAGAAGAACAAACAUAAAGGCACUGAAGGUCUUAUCGAGAUUGAGAAUCCAAACCUGGUGAAACCAAAGAAUAUAAAAGCCAAGGACAUUGAUAUUGGUAGGACAUCUGAUCUCUCCAGGCGUGAAAGAGAGGAGCUUGAAAAACAGAAAUCUCAUGAGCGUCACAUGAAGCUCCAGGAGCAAGGGAAAACUGAACAGGCUAGGAAAGAUUUAGAGCGUCUUACUUUGAUACGCCAACAGAGGGCGGAAGCUGCAAAGAAGCGUGAAGAGGAAAAGGCUGCCAAGGACGAGAGGAAGGCUGAGGCGCGCAAGUGACCUGCCAAGCUAUUGGAACAAGAAAGAAUUUUGACCCGAGCUGUGAUAGCUCAACGUUACCUUCCUAUGCUUCUGAAUUCUGAUAUCACUUGAACUCCCCUAUAUUUAUUUACCGUAGGAAUAGUAUGCAGUAGUUAUGUAAAGUGGUUGUGGUCGACCGCCACGGGUAGAUGCGACUUUUGAGCUUGGAGAGGUAGUAGGAACUUGGUGGUAGCAACUUUGGUGAACAAUUGUCUACUAUUUGUCCUCAUGCCGCGGUAUUUUCGUUAUGGUAUUUUAGACUGUUAAUGAUCAAUCUUUCGAUAAAAUGAAUACUAUUAUCACUC